UGGAGGCAGCCAGAAAGAAAGGCAGAGCAGGCUGGAAGGGAGGCUGGGACAGGGAGGCCAGGGGGAGGCAGGCAGGCAGGCUCUCUGGGUACGCUCCGUGGCUCCCGAGCGAAAGAAGCGAGGCCAGAGGGGGCCGAGGGCACAUCAGCAGACCCCACGGGGGCCACACCAACCCCCCAGGCCAGCCUGAGCGGAGGGCUGCAACCUUGCAGCUGCGUCUGGGGCGGGCCAGCUCAGAGCUCCUUGGCACCAGGAAUCGGAGGUGAGCUGAUCUCUGGGCACAUCCUCUGGGGGAGGCAAAGCCAGAGAGGUGAUGUGAAGAUGUCGACACUCGUUGAAUCCACCAUGCACACUCUCCAGAUCGGUACAAACAGUGAGCGGUCCUGCACGCCGUCUCCACCAAAUUCCCCCGGUCUCCACAACGAAAGCUGCAGUAUCGCCCCUCUCACACCAUCCCACUCACCGAGGAAUGAAAUCCGAUCGCGCCAGCCGGGUCGCUUCUCCGUGGUGGUGGCCAUUGACUUCGGCACCACCUCCAGUGGCUACGCCUUCAGCUUUGCUAGCGACCCAGAAGCCAUUCACAUGAUGAGGAAAUGGGAAGGCGGAGACCCUGGUGUUGCCCAUCAGAAGACCCCCACCAGCCUGCUGCUGACACCAGAAGGCACUUUCCACAGCUUUGGCUAUACUGCUAGGGAUUAUUAUCACGACCUGGAUCCUGAGGAGGCUCGGGACUGGAUGUACUUUGAGAAGUUUAAAAUGAAGAUCCACAGCACCAGCGAUCUGACCAUGAAAACUGAACUGGAAGCUGUGAACGGGAAGAAAGUGCAGGCUCUGGAGGUCUUUGCCCACGCACUCAGCUACUUCAAACGGCAAGCUAUACAGGAACUCAAGGACCAGUGCCCGGCGCUGCCCGAGAAAGACGCCAUCCGGUGGGUGAUCACCGUGCCAGCCAUUUGGAAACAGCCCGCCAAGCAGUUCAUGAGAGAGGCAGCCUAUCUGGCCGGGCUCGUCCCUCCAGAGAGCCCAGAGCGGCUGCUGAUUGCCCUGGAGCCAGAAGCCGCCUCCAUCUAUUGCCGGAAACUCCGCCUCAACCAGCUGAUAGACCUCAGCUACAAGCCCCAGGCCAACGGGCCCCCGUCAGACCUGCCCAUCGACUCCAGCUUCCGGCAGGCCCGAGAACAGCUACGCCGUUCCCGACACAGCAGGACCUUCCUGGUGGAGUCCGGAGUGGGCGAACUCUGGUCCGAAAUGCAGGCAGGAGACCGCUACAUCGUGGCCGACUGCGGAGGAGGGACAGUGGACCUGACCGUCCACCAGAUCGAGCAGCCCCAGGGGACACUCAAGGAGCUCUACAAAGCGUCAGGGGGCCCCUAUGGGGCCGUGGGCGUGGACCUGGCCUUCGAGAGACUGCUCUGCCAGAUUUUUGGCGAGGACUUCAUUGCCACCUUCAAGGCCAAGCGCCCGGCGGCCUGGGUGGACCUGACCAUUGCCUUCGAGGCCCGCAAGCGGACGGCCGCCCCCCACCGGGCCAACCCCCUCAACAUCUCGCUGCCCUUCUCGUUCAUCGACUUCUACCGCAAGCAUCGGGGCCAGAAUGUGGAGACCGCGCUCAAGCGAAGCAGCGUGAAUUUGGUGAAGUGGUCCUCCCAAGGGAUGCUGCGUAUGUCUCCCGAAGCCAUGAACGAGCUCUUCCAGCCAACCAUCAGCCAGAUCAUUAACCACAUUGAUGACCUCAUGCGGAAACCGGAAGUCAAAGGCAUCAAGUUCCUCUUCCUGGUGGGAGGGUUUGCCGAGUCGGCCAUGCUGCAGCACGCCGUCCAGUCCGCUUUCAGCUGCGCUUGCCGUGUCAUCAUCCCGCAGGACGUGGGGCUGACCAUCCUCAAAGGGGCCGUGCUCUUUGGCCUGGACCCCACCAUCGUCCGAGUGAGGCGCUCGCCCCUGACCUACGGCGUGGGGGUGCUGAACAAGUUCGUGGAGGGGAAGCACCCCAAGGAGAAGCUGCUGGUCAAAGAGGGGAAGAAUUGGUGCACGGACAUUUUCGAGAAGUUUGUCUCCGUGGACCAGUCUGUGGCCUUGGGCGAGGUGGUGCAGAGGAGCUACUGCCCAGCCCGGGCGGGGCAACGCAAGAUCAUCAUCAACAUCUACUGCUGCACCACAGAUGAUGUGGUCUACAUCACCGAUCCAGGAGUGAGGAAAUGCGGCACCAUCAGCCUGGACUUGGAUGAGCUGGAUGCGUCCAACUCUCCCAAGAGGAGCCGGCGCGAGAUACGGGCCAGUAUGCAGUUUGGCGACACAGAGAUCAAGGUGACGGCCAUGGAUGUCAGGACGUCAAAGGUUGUGCGGGCCUCCAUUGACUUCCUGUCCAACUGAAGCUCCAGAAUGAGACCGUGGGGGUGAGGGAGGAUCCAGAGAUGCCUGGCCUCACCACCUCUUCACAAAAAGCAUCGCAGCCCCUUCCUCAGUGAGCAUGUCCUGUGCUCAUGUGACUGUUGCAAUUAGCACAGAAAGUCAAUCACAGACCAGCUUCCAGAGGCAAGUCUUUAUGGCACGAACCCACCCACGGGAGCCAAGCUAGAAGAGCCCUUGAACUGAGCUGGUUGUAUGUCUUGGACCAGAGUCAAAGUUCAGCCUUUCAGGACUCUCAAAAAGAGCAGGAUACCAGGACAUUGGCCUGCCAACUUAACGCCAACUGCUCCAAGGAACUACAUUUCCCAGCUGCUCCAACUUGCCCAGACAAGUUUUCUCCAGCUUCACUUUGUUUUCGGGAGUUGCCAGUUUUCUUUAGGUUCUGGAGUGACAAAUGUGUGAGUUGUGAGGGGAUGUUUUGAUGAGAUGUUUCACAAUGCAGCCACCCUGUUGCUCAAGAGAUCUUUUGACUAGAGUGGAGUCUAGUUGUUGCCUGUAUUUAAGGAUGCUGAAAGAUCCCGAUGGGAAAACAUCCAUCACUUUUUAAAUGUAAAAAUUGCAUGGAGAGAAGUGUCCGCAACAGUAAAUAUGCUGUUUUCACAUGACAUUAUUCUUGAGGGAGUAUUGUUAGAGCUGCAAAAAUAAGCCACAACUGGAUUGAGGAGCUGCAAGACAUUUAAGUCAUGUGCAUGUGUGAUGUGCAACAACUAAUUGGAUCUGCUGGGAGAGACUCUCUGCUUUUGAACAGAGGACAUGAUGUGCUAAAAGCAGUGGGCGAGAUGCAGCUGCUGCACAAGAGUGGGCUGGAUUUUGCAGGAGAAGAGCAAACGGCCUGAGAGGUGGUCACUUUCUCUUCAGAAGGACUGUCCCUGCAAAGGAACACCUACACCCCUGAGUACUGGUGGCUUCCAUUAUUGCUCCCAAAAGCCAUUUCCAAGGACGAAAAGUGGUCUCUUUCUAAAGUUCUACUUGUGAGUCAGUGCUCCUGUGGGUGCUGUUCCUCUUUGUGUUUAUGCACAUCAAGGAACAAGACGGGAGCGUUUUGGGCCACGGAGUGGGGAUCUCGAGAGUGCUUGCCCCACCGGCUUCUGCCAGUCAGAACUAGGCUAGUGUGUGCACACUCAGUGCAGAGGCAAGACUGAGUCUGGAUCCUGCAAGCAGCAGGAUGCUAAUAUAGGCUCCGAGCCAGAGAGACGGGGGCGGAAAAAGAGGGCCAGGCCUGGAAACCACCACUGCAGGCAUCCUGUGGCUGAUCAGGCCAUCUUGGUUGGCCAUAACCUCGGCUGUGCGUCUGCAGGUUAUCUGUAAGCAUACAAUGCAGGCCACAAGCUAUCCCACAGUGCCUUGCCCCAUAAUAGACAGACACGGGGAAUCCUAACACAGAAGGGCUGGAGUCUGCAGCAGUUGGGCACAGGACCAUCUCACGCCCGGUUUCCUUGGACUGCAUCCUACACGCCGGAUCAGGCCCUUUCCAACAGAGCGGGACCUCAGGACAAGGGGGUCAAGAGAGCUUCCAAUCCAGUCUUGUACUAGACUAGGGUGUGGUUUUAGCCCUGUUAGCCCCCCCCCCAUCGUUCAGGCAUGGCUGGGGGGUGGGUGCUGGAGACUGAACUGAAGAAAUUAAGGCUCUGAUGAGGGAAGAGUGGGGGCCCCGUCUGGGUCAGGUGGGGGGAGCAUCCCCCCUGUCGGCUGCAGGUUGCCCAUAAGCGCCCAUACGUUGCCCCCAAGGGCUACCCUUUGGUGGGCAGCAAAAAUGGGAGCAGUUUGAUAAUUUGGGGGUUGGGGAGGACAAAUGUGGGGGCAGCCAGUGGAAAUUAUCUGUGUGUGGGGGGGGGGCUACCCCUGGCAGCCUCCCCUCCCCUGGCACCAGGACAGCACGACGUCACAUUGUGCCAUUUGAUAAGGAUUGUACAGGUUGUGGGGGUUACAAAAACAAAUACAAAAAGGUAAGCUGUGGGUUUUAGUCCCCCACUGUUGCCCUUGCAAAUUUCAGCUGCACAAGGAGAGAACAGCUGGUGGUAGCAAGCCUGACUUGUCCCCUUAGCUAAGCAGGGUCCACCCUGGUUGCAUUUGAAUGGGAGACUAGAAGUGUGAGCACUGCAAAAUCUUCCCCUCAGGGGAUGGAGCCGCUCUGGGAAGAGCAGAAGGUUUCAAGUUCCCUCCCUGGCAGCAUCUCCAAGAUAGAGCUGAGAGAGAUUCCUGCCUGCAACCCUGGAGAAGCCAGUCUGUGAAGACAAUACUGAGCGAGAUGCUCCCAUGUUCUGACUCAGUAUAUGGCAGCUUCCUAUGUUGGUCAGUAGAGGACUCUCAGCAGAGUCCUACAAUUGUGGCACUUGUGCUGCUGCGUCCGUUUUGUACACCAGAUGGCGCUGCUCCCUAUAGCUCAGAAUGGAUAUGGAUUUGGGCAAUAUUAGGUUAGUCCCACCUGCAGCCGCCAAGAUCUGUUUUAACAGUGGAGAAUUCCCGUCCAGGGCAAUUCAGCCAACUCAGCAGUGGAGGGGAGGUAGUUACUGCUGCCCUAUUAGCAUCUUCCAAAACUGGGAUUCUCACCCUUGUGGCCCCCCCCAAUGAUGUUGGACUAAAAGUCCCAACAUCUCCAGUGACUAAAGUUCCUUGCAGCUGAAGAUGACAGGAGUUGUCCGUCCCCUCAAUGAAACAGCAACACUUUCCAUGCAUUAGCGUGUCCAAAACUGAUCCUGACUAGUCCAGCCUCCUGUUUCCCACAGGGCCCCAGCAGAUGCCCCUGGGAGGCCCACAAGCGGGAGAUGAAGGCAUGCCCCCUCCCCUGCAAUUCGGAGGCCUCCCCUCUGAACAUGGGAGGUAGCUUACAGCCAUCAAGACUACAACUCCCAUCAUCCCUUGCACCCGAGAGGCCUUCGCAGCUUCUUAGCCAUGUAUAUAUAACUUUUUGGAAACCCUCCAAUUUGUUUUUUUUUCUGUAUUGUGCAUAAAUCCCUUGACUCCCUGAA